UUAUGCUUAUAUAUUGGGUGGCAUCAGUCUUGCACAGAAAUGUACCGCUACGGUAUUAUUGUAUUUUUGCUUCAAAUAUCUUUCUUUUAUCUUAAUGCUGAAGAAGAAUGUGAAUUUCCUCUGGAAAGAAAUGACUACAUUGACAAUAUCUUAAAGGUUUUGUUGAAUAAUGUUGGGAGACGACAGAUCAUGUUUUCUUCUUUCGAUCCCGAUACAUGUCUCAUGCUGAAAAUGAAGCAGAAUCGAUUCCACGUACUGUUUCUAACGCAAGGCAAAAGUCAACGUUACAUUGCGUACAUGGACAGGCGAACACAGUCGUCAGAAGCGGCUAUUUUAUUUGCGUUCAGCAACAAACUCUCUGGUAUCGUGUUUCACAGUGAAGACAUGUUGAGUAACAUUCAGCCGUUUCACUAUGCCAAGGCAAAGAAACUCGUCUGUUUUGUCUGGGGCAACGAUUUAGACAGCGCGAAAAACAUCGAUCACUUUACCAGACUUGGAUUCGAUGGCGUUAUUUAUGACAGGUACCGCAGAGCGACGUAA